AUGGCAGAAACCAAGUCCUCCGAGGACACAAAGUCCAGCUGCGUUUCGGCCUUGAUCUCUUGUUUCAAUCUCGGAUCGAAGAAGAAGCCUCCCGCCUCACCAGGACCGACGUCAAAGCCAGCCGUUCCAUAUGAGCCAAAACCACAGUCGCCGACCAAGUCUACCGAUGGUUCCGUUUCGAAUGGCAAGGCCGAGUCAAUCUCAUCCAAACACGCGGGAACCGGAAACACAGACGCCGACAGCAAACACAGUCGAGAGUCUACCGAAGCACAUGUUGAGGUGCCCUCCUCAGACGUUCAGCUCGUCAAGUAUCAACCUAUAAUCGUUACAGAAAACGCGCCAGUCGACCUAUGGCAUGAGGCGCUCAACAAGACUCAUCAAGACACCAAGUCUUGGAUGGGAAAGUUCGGCGUCGACCGCUCGAGUACCAUCCAAGUCCAAGAAUUGACGACACUGGUCAGGCAAAGCGAAGAAACAUACCAGGAUGCCAGUUCAGGACUGAAAAUCGGAGAACGGAACAUUUUGUGGAGGGACUAUGCGAAUCGAGUUGUGGCUUGGGUGACUAUGAUCGGCGACAUCAGCGUACCAUUCGCCCCUGUGCCAGUCUCGCCGGUGUGGUCAGCACUCAGAGUGCUCCUGCAAGCCGAAACAAGUCGAGUUGAACAAAUCACUGCUGCUUUUGGUGUCGCCGACCGCAUUCUCAGCGUUGUCAGACGGGGUCAGAUAUACGAAUGUGUGUACGGCCUUUCUAGCGCGAACUUGACAGAACCCUCGAGAGUGCUCCUGAGGGACUCUGUCAUUGAGCUGUACAGAUCCUCUCUGGACUUACUAGCCACGACAUCAACUCAGCUAAACGGACAAGAAUCCUGGGCAGCGCAGUUUCUCACGGCUCUCACUGACCCAGACCGCGCAGAAUCGUUGUUAUCAGAUCUGAUGGCCGCGGAGAAUGACGUCUCGAUGAACGUAGAAGCUUGCGUCUGCGAGUCAACAGAGAGGAAUCUCGAGCUGUUGCAAAGCCUUCACAGCCCUCUGCGACGAAUCGACGAUAGGGUAGUGCAGCUUCUAGACUGUUUCAAGGAUAUCGAUAGCCGAGACAGAGAGCAUGCCAUGAACUACAUCAGUGACGUCAAGGUUGAUGAGAUUCACGUCGCCAAAAAAGAGUUGAGGACUGAGGGAACCUGCGAAUGGCUUAUACAGCAUCCGAGCUUCCUUGCGUGGGAAGAACCAAGCUCGUCAUCAAUCCUAUGGCUCAACGGCCAAGUGGGAGCUGGGAAGUCUUUCUUGACGUCUAAAGUGAUUGAUCGCUAUCGGUCUCGUCCUGGCGAUACCUUGAGAUCAUCAGAGAACGAUGAAGGCUUUGCUCACUUUUACUGCGAUCGCUCACUGAUUGGCCGAAAAGAUAUAAAGUCUAUUCUCAGCAGCUAUAUCGUGCAGCUCUUGGCGGUGUCACGCCACCGCGAUCGAUGGCACAAGCAACUUCUCAUGUUUUGCAAAGAUGCUGCGGCGUCUCGACGAAGUUUAGAAAUAUCCGAAUGCGAACAAUUUGUACGCGAACUGGUCAACACGUACCCGCGAUCUAUCCUGGUUCUUGAUGCUCUGGACGAAUGCGAUCAGAGGUCAAGAACGCAGAUUAUGAGCUUUUUCCGGAAGUUGAUCGAAGACUCUGACCGGCCCGUCAAAGUGUUCAUAUCCAGUCGCCCAGAAACCGAUGUAAUUGAGUUAAUGGAGACGUCGUCUUGCAUUCAGAUCAGCACCUCGGACAACCAUAAAGAUAUUCAGAAAUACAUUGACCUCAAGCUCAGCCAAGUCGGUCUUAGCCCUGUUUGGAAGAGACAAAGUGUUCAGUCACUUGUGAGAGAGACUCUUCUCAAGAAACAUGGUGGAAUGUUCAAAUGGGUUCAACUUCAAUGGGAUCAGUUAGAACCGUUGAGGACAGAGAUCGAUGUGAAGCAGCGACUCAUGAAGCUUCCAGAGGGCCUCGUGGCCUCUUACGAGGAGAUAUGCUCUCGGCAAGCCAGACACGCAUUAGACAUUCUCAUGAGAGCCGCUAUGUGGGUCAGAUGGGCCGAGGUACCGCUACCGACAAAGGUUCUUCUUCAGGUCGUUAAACUGCCGUUCUGCAAGACCCAUGAGGAGUUUGAGGCUGCCUUGGACAAUGACAGCAUCAAGGAGGCUGAACUAGGCGACAUAUGUCGUCAUCUGAUCAUCUUGAAAGAGAUACCCUCAGGGGAACGCGCCACAAAUGCAAAACAUUGGAAUUGGAGAUUUCCGCAUGCCUCAGUCGCAGAAUUUUUCGACAAUAAGCUCAAACACUGGAAGGAAAAUGAAAACAGUGAACUAUACAUUGCAACGUCGCUGCUCUUACAGGCGUCUUUACCAAGAGAGCACAGAGAUGAAGAAGAGGGGAGCUACAUAGGCAAAGGAAGCGCUGAUCUGCGUGCAAGCUCAUGGUACUUCCGUUGUCAACCACUCUUGAUGGACAUGAAGCCUCUCAUGUCCCCCGCAGCAACCAAUGCCAACUUCACCUUAUCUGCAUAUGCCCAUACCAGCUGGCCAGACUUUAUCCGAAGUAUAUACAAACGGCGCCCCAGAACCCAGGAACUCUCGGGAGUCCUGGGGUAUUGUCUAGGUCUUGGUGCCACUGCCGAUACUUCGAGCUUUCGAUAUCAAAGUGAUCUGGAUGGUAAGGGGGCACUGAGGAGAAAGUGGCUGUUGAAGGAUCAUAAGGAAAUGCAGCCAUGGUGCAACCCUGUCUUCGCAGCCUGCGACUUAGGGUCACUUGACUUACUAGAGCAUCUGCGCCGAAUUGGGUAUGUUUUCGACGAAGCAACACCUAGACAGACAGACUCUUUCCUAUCCAUUGCUGCAAGGCACGGAUACGACGAGAUUUGUUCAUUUCUCAUUGAUAACGGGGCAAAGAUCAAUGUCAUGGACGAACACCAUUUUGAUAUGGAUAAUAAGUAUCCAUUACAUCACGCAUGUGGCACUCUCAGUACCGUCAAAAUGCUGCUUUCGAGGGGGGCGGAUCCUAACCUUCGCUAUGUACAUACACCUUUGUGCGAGGUGGUUGGUGAUGGUGUGUCCUCCACCGAUAUUCUUUCGACAUUGUUGGAUUGGGAAGCGGACCCAGCGGACCCAAACCUACCUUGCAAAUUCGAAUUCCACGGAGCUCAACUUUUCGGAGGCAACGGAGUUCUGUGCUGCCUCAUGUCUGCUUUCAAGUCCGACAAUGCUAAGGGACUAGAGUUGCUUUUGGACCACAAGCUUGAUUUGACCCUAUGGAAUCACAAGGAUGAAACGGUCCUUGAGAGCGCAGCUUCUCUAGGUGCAAUUCAAUGCAUCCGCGUCCUCCUCGACAGGAAGCUUGGCUACAACGUUGACGGUUCAAUUAGGGAAGUCUAUGACAGCAUGUUGAGAGCUGCAAUGUUUUCGAGAAGCGUGGAUCGGUACGAUACUCGAUUGAGGAACUGA